AACAGCACCUGGCCCAACUCCACCACAAGCGAGAGCCACCUCCUGAGGGAGAACUACACCUUCUCGGCGUACUACCAGCACUCCUCUCCCGUGGCUGCCAUGUUCAUCCUGGCCUACACCUUCAUCUUCCUCAUGUGCAUGAUUGGCAACAUGCUGGUGUGCUUCAUCGUGGUGAAGAACCGCCAGAUGCGGACAGUGACCAACAUGUUCAUCCUCAACCUGGCCAUCAGUGACCUGCUGGUGGGCAUCUUCUGCAUGCCCACCACCUUGGUGGACAACCUCAUCACGGGUUGGCCCUUUGACAACAUCAUGUGCAAAAUGAGCGGCCUGGUGCAGGGCAUGUCUGUCUCCGCCUCCAUUUUCACACUGGUGGCCAUCGCCGUGGAGAGGUUUCGCUGCAUUGUCCACCCCUUCCGGCAGAAGCUGACGCUGAGGAAAGCCCUGGUGACCAUCGCCAUCAUCUGGGUGCUGGCCCUGCUCAUCAUGUGCCCUGCCGCCAUCACCCUGACUGUCACCAGGGAGGAGCACCACUUCAUGGUGGACACCUACAACAACUCCUACCCCCUCUACUCCUGUUGGGAGGCCUGGCCUGAGACGGGGAUGAGGAGGAUCUACACCACUGUCCUCUUCUCCCACAUCUACGUGGCCCCCCUCGCCCUCAUCGUUGUCAUGUAUGCCCGCAUCGCCUUCAAGCUCUUCAAGUCAGCAGCGCCUGCCCAUGGCCAAGAGGAGCCGGAGGGGAGGAGGGUCUCCCGCAGGAAGGCCAAGGUCAUCAACAUGCUCAUCAUUGUCGCCCUCUUCUUCACCCUCUCCUGGCUGCCCCUCUGGACACUGAUGCUGCUGAUGGACUACGGGCGGCUAAGCGAGGGCCAGCUCCACCUGGUCACCGUCUACGUCUUCCCCUUCGCCCACUGGCUGGCAUUUUUUAACAGCAGCGCCAACCCCAUCAUCUACGGCUACUUCAACGAGAACUUCCGACGGGGUUUCCAAGAGGCCUUCAGGGCCCCUUUCUGCUCGCCCCACCGCCACCAUCGCCACCGCGGGCCCUACAGCCCCAGGAGCCACAGCUGCAGGAUCUUCUUCGGCGCCCGCAACCGCGUCUUCGCCCAGGCGCAGACCAGCGACUCGCCGCCGGCAUCCGAGUCGGGCCCGUUAGCGCCACGCCACGCUGGCGUCCCCGCAUGGGACGGCUGA